AUGGAGGGUGACCCAAACCUCCUCCCAGGCCCAGUGGUCGUCUUCAUGGCCCGGGCUGACGACCUCAACGACCACCCCUACGCCAGAGGCCUCGGCACGACUCUGUCCCAGACCCAGAUGCACGAGUAUCUCCGCUCUACCCUGAUCAUGACCGCCGCCGAGCACCGCAAGAAGUAUGGCAUGUUGGGCUGCCGCCCUCACAAGAUGCAGACAAUAAUCCACCCAGCCAACAACAAGAUCUCUCGAGGCUCCAAAAUCUCCCGCUACCUGUUCGCCGCGCUGCAGGAAGCCCGCGAAGCCGUCACCGAAUGCAUUUUCGUCCUCAACAGCUGGGACGGAUGGACUACCGACCCUGCUACCAUCGGUGAUCUGUGCGAGGCUUUCAAGGAUGUUGCGUUCACUAUUCGAGUUUAUGCUGGUACUCCCCGCCAGUUCUAUGAGGCUAAUGCUCAUACCGUUAACGGCUACCUUGAUCGCCAUAUUCAGCUUGACGAUGCUGUGAUUCAGAUGGAUCGUGAUACUGGGCUUUUUGUUCGGAUGUUUGAUGCCCUGGGAGCCAUGCAUUAUGGUGUUCCUUUCCCUACUGAGAGGGCUGAGCAUCUUGUUCAAUAUGACUCCCGCCUUGCGAGGUAA